AGUUUAUGUACCUCAUUCCCGUAAGCCUUUCUCCUCUUUGGUUAGAGUAUCAUGCAAAGCAGAAACAGCACAAAAAAUGAAGGCACACAAUUAGAAGGAAGUAUUGGUGAAAAAACAAAAUAAAACACCUCCCUGUGCAGAAUCAGUUCCUCAAGUGAUUAUUAACUGAAAUUGAAGAGUCUAUCAAACAAACCAGCUGUACAGUCACCUGGAACACUAUGAAGCCCUUGUUGGUCUGUACGAUUUUCUUUCUGCUGUCAAGAUGUUGUACUUCCCUAACUGAAUCAGUCUUCUGUAUCUCUUGACUUACCAAUGUUUUUUUAUGAAGCCAAGUAGAAGUUUUCAGGUUGGUAAUACAACAACAUAUGGCUGCCAAGUGGCUUCACAACGCCACAAGGACUUGCAGGGGAGAGAUAACAUGUCUUCCUGGUGGAUGGAUACCAACCCAGAAUGUAUCAUGGCAUGCCCAAAGCCAGCUGAUAAAAGCAUUGUCUUCAGCACAACUAAACCAGUUGCGUUGUUAGAGGAAAAAGUACUAUUUGAAUGUACAGAAGGAUAUGAAAGCAUUAACCACACAAGAGGUGGCCAAGCAGUAUGCACAUUGAAUGGGUGGAGCCCAAAACCUCAAUGUCUGUUAAUAGAAUGUGAAACCCCCUUUCUGGAGAAUGGAAGCAUUUAUCCAAGGAAAGACCAGUAUGCGAACAGAGAUGUGGUGAAAUUUUCCUGUAUGAGAGGCUACACAAGAGUUGGUCCUGACUCUGCUCAGUGUUAUCACUUUGGAUGGUCCCCACAACCUCCCUCUUGUAAAGAAAAGGUUUCCCACUGUCAGCAACCACCCAGCAUUUCACAUGGCAAUCUUAUUGGUGACCUUCAUGAAGAAUAUCGGCAUGGAGAGAAGGUGUUUUAUGAGUGUGAUAUCCGUUUUGAAAUGGCUGGCUCAAACACAGUAGAAUGUGUUGAUGGAGAAUGGGUGUCUUUGCCAUCAUGCACAGAGGAAGAGAAAAUAUGUGGACCACCUCCUAAUAUUACAAAUGGACAUCCUGUCAAUGUUGGCAAUGUCAAGUACUGGCAUGGUGAAACUGUCAAAUAUGAAUGUGAAGGAGCAUUUGUCAUUGUUGGGACCAACCCAGCCAAGUGUCUUCGCGGACAGUGGGAGGUACCUUCAUGUAUUGGUGAUUCAGCAAAAUGUAGACGUCCAAAGAAUGCAAAAUUUGUACCAUAUGCUCCUCUUGCAAAAAUGUUUGACAACAACAGAAUUGUAAACUAUAUCUGUGGUUCCAGUCUUCAUAGAACAAAAUGCAUUCAUGGAAACUGGUCACCUGAACCGGAAUGCAAAGAACACUGUCCACUGCCUCCUCAGCUGCCAAAUGCUCUCAAUAACAUUGAGAUGAAAAACUACAAGAGUGGUGAAAAGAUCAGCUUUACAUGUAAGGAGCAUUUUCUUCUUCAAGGGCCACAAAAAAUAUUGUGUGAAGAUGGAAGUUGGCAGACUCCACCGCGAUGUAUUGAUGCAGAAGGAAGAUGUGGUCGCCCUCCUCCUAUAGAAAACGGAGAUGUUUUGGACAAUCUAAUGACAGAAUAUGUGUCAGGUGCAACAGUGCACUAUAAAUGUCUACGAUUCUACAGAAUGGAAGGCAGUCCAGUGAUACAUUGUCACGAUGGUACUUGGACAGAAAGGCCAACGUGCACAGAGGCAUGUACAGUCACAGAAGAAGAUAUGAGACAUAAUAAUAUAAAACUGAAGUGGGCAGUAGGUUCAAAACUGUAUCUAGAAUCUGGAAGAACAGCAGAAUUUAUCUGUAAAAGAGGCUAUCAGGCAGAUCCAUCCUCCCCUCCAUUCAGAACAACCUGUAUUGACGGCAAGAUGGAGUAUCCAAUAUGCAUACAGGCAGAUUGAGAUGAACUUGAAGAAGCAAUAGAGCAGCUGCUUAUAAACAACACUUGAUCUUCUAACAAUAUGAUUUUUUAAAAAUGAAUCCAUCAUGUGAAUCUAUUUUUGUAGUCAUUUUUUUCAAUAGUUAAUGGGUAAAUGCAGAGGUGUUUGGAAGAGUUACUGGAGCUAUCCAAGAUGUUGAACAGAGCAGAUUCUCUGAAGCAAUAGAACUUCUGGUUGCCUCUGGGUAAAUGAUCAGAAUAAAUCUUGGUUCUGUGAAGGAAUAUGUACAUCCCUGAAUGGGCAGCCAUCUUUGUCUCUAUAGAGUUGCUUUGAGUCCUGGCAUGUAUGCCACACAUGUUCUUUGCAUGGAGUCUUAUGAUACACAACCAUCAUCUUAUGCCUUCAGUAAUAAGAAAGCAGUAAUGAGCUGUGACAGCUAAUAUAGUAAGAUAUCCAGUCCCAGACCACCAGCUAUUUUUUAAAAUGAUGUCUUGAUUUUUUUUUUAAAGUUCACCACAAUUUAUGUACUCAAAUUCUCCUUUUUAGACUCCACAGGCAUGACAGAAGGACUGGAGGCUGCCUUCUUCAGAUAAUCAAAUCUCAUGAAAUUCUGAAAAUAGGACAUAGGGAAAGUGGUUGCUCUGCAAAAGAAACAGCUACCAAGGACUUGGGGCAGGUUUGAGGACGAGAUUGGUUAUACAGUGGGCUGAGAGUUCACAGGAAAUUUUUGAAGCAUUACAAAUGUAUCUGAGAGAACUUGGAAAUGGUAUAUGAUUGAAAGAGGCCUUGGAAUAAAAACUUAUCUGUGUUCAAA